AGGUGCCAUUCCGAGUAUUCACUAUUCAGACAUUCGGUUAUAAAUUUCCAGAUAAACAGUUUGCUCGUUUAAGAUGGCCAAGUGUUAUCCAAGUGUGAGCGAGGAGUACCAGAAAGCAGUUGAGAAAUGUAAGAGAAAGCUGAGAGGACUGAUCGCCGAGAAGCACUGUGCUCCUAUAGUUCUCCGAAUCGCGUGGCACUCGGCUGGGACGUUCGAUGUGGAGACGAAGACCGGAGGGCCGUUCGGGACAAUCAGGGAUCCGGCGGAGCUGACUCAUGAAGCAAACAAGGGACUCGAUAUUGCCGUCAAGACUUUGGAGCCGAUUAAGGAGCAGUUUCCCAUUCUCUCAUACGCAGACUUCUACCAGUUGGCUGGAGUUGUAGCGGUAGAAGUAACAGGAGGGCCAGAGAUUCCUUUCCAUCCUGGUAGACUGGACAAAAAAGAAGCACCACCGGAAGGUCGCUUGCCUAAUUCCAACAAAGGUGUGGAUCAUUUGAGGGAUGUGUUUGGCCAUAUGGGUCUUAGUGACCAGGACAUUGUUGCGCUAUCUGGUGGACACACCUUGGGUAGGUGCCACAAGGAGCGCUCUGGAUUUGAGGGACCCUGGACAACCAAUCCCUUCAUUUUUGACAACUCGUAUUACAAGGAACUUAUCAGUGGAGACAAGGAAGGUCUGAUCCAGCUCCCAUCCGAUAAGGCUCUUCUUGAGGAUCCAGUAUUUCGUACAUUUGUCGAGACCUAUGUCGCGGAUGAGGAUGCAUUCUUUGCUGACUAUGCUGAAGCCCAUUUGAAGCUAUCAGAGCUUGGAUUUGCAGAUACUGAGUAAAAAAACCUAAAUGAGUCUGGUGGCAUGGUGUAAUAGACUGGAAAUUUGCUUGUAACAUAUAGUUUGUGCCAUAUAUUUAGUUUUCUGCUAUAAUAAUAUGGCAGCUGUGCUGUCAUUCCUACCAAACUCGUUUGGAGAAUCGGGGUUGGUUAAACUAAUGCUAUUACUAGCUAUAUCGGAGUAGAAAGUAUCAUCGAUCUCUUGGGUAUUGAUUUCGUGGAACAUAAUAUAGCUAUCUCGAUCUCUCUUGUGUUCGAGUAUAGGAGUGGAAAUUAUAUAUAUUUGUUCUUUUCUUUGAAGUAUGAUUGUA